AUGGCUUCUGGUCCCCACGAGCGAGAGGCGGUGUCCGAUGAGAAAUGGAACGAUACACCGUUGUUUAUGACAGAACUUCCAAAAAAUUAUGAAGAUAAUCCACAGUUGGCUGCUCUACAGGCUUUGGUACAUGAAGGGCCGCCUGACGAGCGAGCGGAGAAUUUCAAGAAUCAGGGGAACGAACAUUUCAGGGAGAAGCGGUAUCGAGAAGCCGCUUCAUUCUAUUCACAAGGGGUAGAGGCGGGGCCCACGAGUUCUGUCUUGCUGGAGGCGCUGUAUUGCAACAGGGCAGCCUGCAAUUUGGAAUUUCAAAAUUAUGGUCUGGUUGUGAAGGAUUGUAACGAGGCGUUGAAGCUCAACCCAAAGUCAUCAAAGGCACUGUAUCGAUGUGCGAAAGCGCUUUUGAAACUUGACAAGUUAGACGACGCUCUGAAGGCUUGUCAACGAUGUUUGGAGUUUGACCCAUCAAACACAGCUGUCAAGGAUUUAUCCGGGGAGAUACAGAAAACUAACGACAAGAGAAACCAGAAGCAGCUUGAAGCAAAUCGGAAGGUUGAAGAAGCAAAGAAAGAGUUGGAUUUAUUGAAGCUCGCAUGCGCAGCCAGGCAUUUGACGUUCAGCAAGAGCAGUCAGCCCAACGAAAUCCGAAUUGUCCCUCAGUUCGAUCCGAGUAGCCCCAGACCAUACACACCGACAACACAGAUCCUCUUCCCAAUAUACCUCCUUUAUCACCAAUAUAAAGAAUCCGACUUCAUUUCCCAAUUCCCUGAACAUUCGACGUUCCGUGACCAACUGCGCGAAGUUCUUCCUGAAGAUGGACGACCUCCAGCCUGGGAUGUCAAAGGAGAGUACAAGUGGGAUAAUGUCUCAGUCUAUGCUGUCACACGGACGCAAAGGCUGUUGAAAGUAGGACUGAAGCUUACCCUGGCAGAGAUUUUCCUGAAGGCUGGCGUCGUGAAGGAUGGCGUACAGGAUGGUCUCGAGGCGAAAGACGGGUGUUUAAGUUUUGUUGUUGUCGCCAAGGGAGAGGCAGAAGAGAAAUACGUAGAAGAAUUCAAAAAAGAAAGGGGUGGAGAUUGA